UUCUUACCACUCCAAUUCCAUUACAGCCCAUUCCAAUUCUGUUCUGUCUCUUCUUCUCUCAAAUGCUGACACUUUUCUUCUGAUUAUACGAGGUCAACUCUCCCCCAAACCCCACCGCCCUUCUCUUUUUCUUGAAUUUAUUUUCAUUUUUGUUUCAAUUUAAACCUUUUUAAUUCAAUUCGUUUCUUGAUUCUUUAAUUCUUUCGAGAAAAAAUAAUGGAUGACAUGAAAGAUAAGAUGAAGGGCUUCAUGAAGAAAGUUAACAAUCAGUUAUCUUCUUCUUCUUCAGGUAAAUUCAAGGGCCAAGGUCGAGUUCUGGGUUCCGGUUCUUCUUCUUCUUCGGGAGGACCCGUUUACCCUAAUACAGCUCGACCCAAUCCACACUACCUCAACACUAAUCCCAAUCCGAAUCCAAACACACAAACAAAACCUAAACCUAAACCAAACCCUUCUCCUUCUCCUUCUGAGAAAUCGCUCGUUUCUGAAGAGAGCAAUAAGUCCGGUUUUGUGAAUAAUCCGGACCCGCGUCGGAAACCCUCUGAUGGGUUUGACCCGUAUGGUUCAUUGAUCACUUCCGGGAAGAGAUCGCAACAUGGGUAUUCUUUAAAUUUGUUUGAAUGUCCUAUUUGUGGGCAGGCUUUUAGGACUGAAGAAGAGGUUUCUUUACAUGUUGAGAGCUGUGUGAAUAAUAGUAAUAUUAAUAGUAAUAAUAAUAAUAAUAACAGCAGUUCAACUGAUGAUAAUAAUAGUAAUAAUAAUGGUGAUGUUGGUGGUGUUUUGAAUGAAUCUAGGAGUGAAUUGGAGACUUGUGUUGGUGUGUUUUUUUCUGGGAGGCCGAAGGAAGGGUCAGUUGAAGUGGUGCGUAAGUUGUUGGGGAAUGUGGUGAAGGAGCCCGAGAAUGCGAAGUUUAGGAGAAUUCGAAUGAGUAAUCCGAAGAUCCGGGAAGCGGUUAGCGAGGUUGUGGGAGCAGUUGAAUUAUUGGAGUUUGUUGGGUUUGAAUUGAAAGAAGAAGGUGGGGAAAUGUGGGCAGUAAUGGAGGUUCCUGAUGAGGAGAGGGUUGGUUUGAUUGGUAAGGUAGUGGAACUGUUGUUGGAUCUGAAAAAGGUUGAAGUGCCACACAAAGUCGAGAAGUUGAAGGAGGAGGAAGCUAAGGAGGAGGCCAAGGAACACGUUGAGCCGGUCAAGGUUGAUAGACAGAUCCGGGUCUUCUUUUCCGUACCUGAAAGCAUAGCAGCAAGAAUCGAGUUGCCAGAUUCCUUCUACAACCUAUCAGUUUCAGAGCUGAAGAGAGAAGCUAAUACAAGGAAGAAAAAGAUUGAAGAAUCGCAGCUAUUGAUUCCCAGGUCUUACAGGGAAAAGCAGGCAAAAGCUGCCAAGAAGAAAUACCGCAGAGCUAUUAUCCGCAUCCAGUUUCCUGAUGGAGUGGUGCUCCAAGGUGUUUUUGGUCCAUGGGAGCAAACAACUGCUCUCUAUGAGUUUGUGAGCUCGGCACUGAAAGAACCCAGUUUAGAGUUUGAGCUGUUACAUCCUGUAUUAAUCAAACGCCGAGUGAUUCCAGCAGCAGGACAGAAACCUACCACAUUAGAAGAAGAGGAUUUGGUCCCGUCGGCGCUUGUCAAAUUCAAACCUAUCGAGACAGAUUCUGUUGUCUUCACAGGGCUCUGUAAUGAACUCCUGGAAAUUAUUGAACCCCUUGAAUGAUGCAGAAAUUGCUCCAGUAUUGUUCUUCACUGUUCCUGUACCGGGGCAUAUCGCAUUAUGAUGGUCUCCUCGCAUUGAUCUCACAAAUCUUCAGCUGGUUUUGCUUAUGUCUGAUCUUUUUUUGGACCCUAUAGAUAUAGAAAGUAGACUGUAAAUGUCAAUUUGUGCAUUUGUGUUAUUUAUGUUCUUCACCAGUACCAAAAAUUGAUUCUUUUCUUUUGUCAGAUUUGGAAUAAUUGUAAUUGUGCAAUUAAAUCAAUUUGAUAUUUGCUUUGUGAAAGAAUAUAAAGCUUUAUUUUCAGAUA